UCAACAUACUGAACCUCAGGAUUACACUACACAGUGAGAGAGAGGAAAAAAAAAAAAAAAAGGGUGUUUGGCUCAUUGCUCGGAAAUUCUGAGAAAAUCCUCUCUCUCUCCGAUGGCGACGACUACGGCUUCGCCAACUUCUUAUCUGCUCCCUAAUAUCGAGCGUAGUUCAUUUCCCGCCAAUUCUCAUUUUCGUCGCUCUAUUCCCGCCAAAAGAGCCCCAAGGAUUCUCGCCAUGGCACCCCAAAAGAAGGUGAACAAGUAUGACAAUAACUGGAAAAAGCAGUGGUUUGGCGCGGGAAUAUUCUACGAAGGAAGUGAAGAGGUCGAGGUGGACGUGUUCAAGAAGAUAGAGAAGAGAAAGGUUCUGAGCAACGUUGAAAAAGCGGGUCUGUUAUCCAAAGCAGAGGAGCUGGGUUUCACUCUCUCGUCGAUUGAGAAGCUCGGGGUGUUUUCCAAGGCGGAGGAGCUAGGCCUGCUUAGCUUGCUCGAGAACGCAGCAAGCUUCUCUCCGUCAGCACUGGCCUCGGCAGCGCUUCCGGUUUUCGUGGCGGCUAUUGUGGCAGUUGUGUUGAUACCCGAUGACUCGGCGGGUCUGGUGGCGGUGCAGGUGGUGGUUGCGGGUGCGCUUAGCGUCGGGGCGGCCGGGUUGGUUGUUGGGUCAGUUGUUUUGGAUGGGUUGCAGGAAGCAGAUUGAGUGCUUGCUAAUUGUAUAUGUUACAGUAUUUUUUCUGUCAACCAAUUGUUUAUGUUUAUUUUUUUAUAUCAAUACACUUGUAAUAAAAGAACCUAGGAUGGUAAGCCAAGGCAUGCGUUGAAAAUACAAAAUUGCCCUCGUAAGGUUUGUCCUC